AGACACCACAAAGUCAGCAAGUAUCUUUUCAGCACAUUUUCUUCUUUUUCAACCCUUCUCCUUCUCAUUGACACUCAAAAGAGAGAUUAGAUCAAAGUCUUCAAGGAAAAGCAGAUAUGAGGAAAUCACCUUUUAGGACAGGGAAAAUCUGAGCAAUUUUGCAGCUGUGGGAAGGAAGGUGGUAGGGAAAAGGCUGAAGAUAGGCAAAAAAAAGGACAGGAACUGAAUCCUGACAACCAUGAAGAAAACAGUAAGAAGGUCUUUUCUUCUUGUAGCUGUAUUUUAUACUGUGUGUGUGACAUGUGCUUUAAUAAAUUCAUGUCUACUAUGUAUCAUUCAUAGCAGCACUGAUUUUUAAAAAUUUGAAUUAUUUACAUGCAAACCUUUAUAUUUAUUUUGACAUCUGUAGUUAGGCAAAAAUUGCAAUUAGGGCUAAUUUGUACAAUUAGCUAAAUCAAGUGUUCCUUUUCCCUUUCAAAAUGUUCUUUAUAUAUUCCAUUCCUAAUGAGUAUGAAGAGUCCUUUUAAUUCAGUUCAUACACAACUAGUAUUUUUCAAUUAAAGCCCUUACUUUUAAGAAAUUCGUAUCCUGCAAUGAACAGGAGUUACUUCAUUUUUCAAAUCUCUAGCCCAUCAGAUUUCAUUGUUGUGUUACUUACUUGCAAAAUGUUCCUAUAUGAUACAUCCCAUAUCUGUGGCCAUAAUAUUGUUUUUCUCUUUUUAAUUUUUCUUUAUUUUAGAGAUAGGGUCUCACUCUGUCACCCAGGCUGGAGUGCAAUAGUGCAUUCAUGGCUUACUGCAGCCUCAAACUCUUGCACUCAAGCGAUUCUCCCACCUCAGCCUCCUGAGUAGCUAGGUCUACAGGCACACACCACUACGUCCAGCUAAUUUUUUUAUAGAGACGAGGUUUUGCUAUGUUGCCCAGGCUAGUCUUGGACUCCUGGCCUCAAGUGAUCCUCCUGCCUCGGCCUCCCAAAGUGCUGGGAUUACAGGCUUAAGCUACCACACCUGGCCUAUAUUUUUCUAUAGAUUUUCCAAAUUUAAUGCAAGUUUAUUUAAUUAAAGUAAACAAACUCACCUUUCUGUUUUACUUUUGUGGAGGAGAGGACAAAGGGGUAGGAAACAGGAGGUAGGGUUAAGGAGAGAUGGUGGAAGUCUGAUUCCACCAUCAGACUGGUAAUCAGAGGCAAGAUUACCAGUUAGGCUCAAUGUUCUUAAGAAAGUUACCCAUCUAAUGCAAUAGUAUCAAAAAAGUUAUCAGCAUUAACAAAGAACUAACAAAGAUACGUCUUUUGCGGGUCAGAAAGGAUUCAGAAUGGUGUGGAAAGAUGGGAGAUACUGUGUUUGGGGUUUCAGAGAUUGGACAUGUUAUCCGGAGCUGAAAGCUUCUUAUGGGGGUGAAGCACUGUCAGCAAAGAAAGACUAUGUCCUUACCCUCUUUCCUCCCCUUUCCUGCCUUAAGUCCUCACCAUUUUAGCUCCACUGCACUAAUGCUCCCUCCUCAGCUGCACCUAGGGGAACAGUGCACAAAGUCGUCCAUAAAUGGGCAGCAUGCUAAGGCCAGGUGGACAGGGGCCUAGCCUUACUGCCUCAGUGGAAAUCCUCAGCUCCAGUGUCUUGCCGCUGAAGGUGGGAGGAGCACAGGAAGUGAUUGCCCUGUGACUUCUCCUCCCACAGAAGCCCUGCCCCCUCACACUUGGAUGGUGGAGAGAUUAGCUUUCUUUUUCCUUCUAGUUCAGUCCUUUGGCUACUGUGAAAGACCACGCAGAGGCUGUGGACUUGCUUUUUGUGCUUGACAAAAAUGCAUAGAUAGAAGACAGGGAUUCCCGGCUGGGAGGAGGGAGGAGAGCUGAAGAUCCCUGCCUGGGCUGGCUGAGCUAAGCAGUCAAAGUGGGAAGCUGAGUGCUUGAAAGAGGAUUAUGCUCGCACUAGAAAUAAGCAGUAAAUCUGUGGUUCUCUGGUCAGCAAGUUCUGGCAAGGAAGCCACUGCCACUGGCACAAAGAAUUCUGGGAUGUCUGACAGUGAAAUGGAUGGAAGGACCCACAUUCCAUCUCUACUUAAUGUCCUUUUGUCCAGAAACCGGGUCAUGCAAAUGAGCUACUUGAAAAGUAAAGAACAAGGAUAUGGAAAACUAAGCAGUGAUGAAGACCUCGAAAUAAUUGUUGAUCAAAAGCAGGUAGUAGGUGUAACCUUGAAGAAAAAGUGGCACUGUCUUCAAAAAAGUGACCUGACCCUGGCUUUGGGAAAAGGCUCUAGGGCGGCAGAUAAGGCUGUUGCCAUGGUGAUGAAGGAGAUACCGAGGGAGGAGUCUGCUGAAGAAAAGCCCCUCCUUACUAUGACAUCACAGCUGGUGAAUGAGCAACAAGAAAGCAGACCCCUCCUGAGUCCCUCCAUCGAUGACUUUCUCUGUGAAACCAAAUCGGAAGCAAUAGCAAGGCCAGUAACAUCCAAUACAGCUGUGUUGACCACUGGCUUAGAUCUCCUCGACCUGAGUGAACCAGUCUCUCAAACCCAAACCAAAGCCAAGAAGUCAGAGCCCUCAUCAAAAACCUCAUCCCUCAAGAAAAAGGCCGAUGGAUCUGACCUCAUCAGCACGGAUGCUGAGCAGAGAGGCCAGCCUCUCAGAGUCCCGGAGACUUCAUCCUUAGAUCUAGAUAUUCAAACACAACUGGAAAAAUGGGACGAUGUUAAGUUUCAUGGAGAUCGAAAUACCAAGGGACAUCCAAUGGCAGAGAGAAAAUCAUCCUCAUCUAGAACCGGAUCAAAAGAGCUCUUAUGGUCCUCAGAACACAGAUCUCAACCAGAACUGAGUGGUGGAAAAAGCGCCCUCAACUCUGAGUCGGCUUCAGAAUUGGAAUUAGUGGCUCCAACUCAGGCUCGACUGACCAAAGAACAUCGCUGGGGAAGCGCAUUACUUUCUCGAAACCACUCCUUAGAAGAAGAGUUUGAAAGGGCAAAAGCAGCAGUGGAGUCAGAUACAGAGUUUUGGGAUAAGAUGCAAGCAGAAUGGGAAGAAAUGGCUCGGAGGAACUGGAUAUCUGAGAACCAAGAAGCCCAGAACCAAGUAACCAUCUCGGCUAGUGAGAAGGGAUAUUACUUUCACACUGAAAACCCCUUCAAGGACUGGCCUGGAGCAUUUGAAGAAGGCUUAAAAAGGCUGAAGGAAGGGGACCUGCCAGUCACCAUCCUGUUCAUGGAAGCAGCAAUUCUUCAGGACCCUGGAGAUGCAGAGGCUUGGCAGUUCCUCGGGAUAACCCAGGCGGAGAACGAAAAUGAACAAGCAGCUAUUGUCGCCCUCCAGAGGUGCUUAGAAUUACAGCCCAACAACUUAAAAGCUUUGAUGGCCUUGGCUGUGAGUUAUACUAACACUGGCCAUCAGCAGGAUGCCUGUGAAGCUCUGAAGAAUUGGAUUAAGCAAAAUCCAAAGUACAAAUACCUUGUGAAAAGCAAGAAGGGAUCUCCAGGCCUCACCCGGCGGAUGUCUAAGUCUCCAGUUGAUAGCUCUGUUCUGGAAGGCGUGAAGGAAUUAUAUCUGGAAGCUGCCCACCAGAAUGGAGAUAUGAUAGACCCAGACCUACAGACAGGUCUAGGGGUUCUGUUCCACCUGAGUGGAGAAUUUAAUAGAGCAAUAGAUGCAUUUAACGCUGCCUUAACUGUUCGGCCAGAGGACUAUUCACUAUGGAACCGUCUCGGCGCGACCUUGGCGAACGGAGACCGCAGCGAGGAAGCCGUGGAGGCCUACACGCGAGCACUGGAGAUUCAGCCGGGAUUCAUCCGGUCCAGAUACAACCUGGGAAUAAGCUGCAUCAACCUGGGCGCCUACAGAGAAGCGGUCAGCAAUUUUCUCACUGCCCUCAGUUUGCAAAGAAAGAGCAGGAAUCAGCAGCAAGUUCCUCAUCCUGCAAUCUCUGGGAAUAUCUGGGCUGCCCUCAGAAUUGCACUCUCUCUGAUGGACCAACCAGAACUCUUCCAGGCGGCUAAUCUUGGUGACCUGGAUGUCCUCUUAAGAGCUUUCAACUUGGAUCCUUGAAGAAAGAAUAAUACCAGUACUAAUAAUCCCUGAUCUGUGUGAUUGUACUGAAAAAUGAAAAACUAUUUUAUUAUGAAUUUCAAAAGGAUAAAUCAAAUAUUCAAAAGGCCAUGGUCAUAUAGCCCAAGGAAAUUAAUUCCUGUGGACAAUGCCCAGUCUCUGUUCAGAUCCAAAAGCACAAAAUGUUGUAUAUAGGGUCAAAGUCAGGUUCAAAAGAAGAAUUAAGAGACUCAAGACAAACCAAGAUAAAGUAACUGUGUGUUGAAUACUCUUUCCGCAAGUUGCAAGCAUACUGCAACACACGUUCUUUGGGUUUUUUGUCUCUCCUUGCAGCUGAUGACACAUCUGAGGAACUUGUUCAUGGGAAACAUGGAAAAAGCACUGCCUCAGAUUGGGAAAUUCUGACUGUUUCUGAACUGUCUUCUUUUGCAAGACUGAACAUAGUUUGGGCCAUUGGUGCAUGCACAUAUAUUAACUCGUGACUAAAGACAGGCAUUGCUUAAACCUGUUCCAAUUUUAACUUUUACUGUAGCCCUUUGAUUCCAGAGAGGGAGCUUUGCUGGCAAAAGCAGUUUUUGCACUAGAAAUUUUUGCUGUUCCCAAUCUAAACUUUUCUGGGAUUGUAUAUAUGCACUUUAAUAUCUUAUUUAUGCCUUGCUGGAGUUUUGUUUUGUUGCUCCAAUUUUUAACUUGGGGGUGAAAGAUUUAAGAACUCAGCCUCAUUAGAUCAAAGGACCAAAUAAACAAUUCCUGAAAAUAGUUUUUCAUAGUGUAGGAUUUUGCAAGACUGUUUUUCUUAAAGCAGAUACGAUGACAUAAGGCGUAAAUAUGGCAAACAGAUCUUUUCAUUCACAUGCUUUCUGGGUCUGUAUGAACAUAAGUAAGACACAAGGUACUGUCUCUUCAUGCAUUCUCUGCAGGAAGAAAGUUUGAUGAUAUCGUGAUUUCUAUUGAGUUCAAAUUAACUUGCUUAAGUGUCAUACUUUACUGGCUUUGCCCUGCACACCAAUAUUCCUUUUAAACCAUAAAUAUUUUAAAUAAUAUUUCUUAAGAGUGAUAAAUAACAUUUUUUCCUAAAAAUUAUGUUUUCUUAGUUUCAUAAUAAUCUGCAUUGUUCAUCCCCUUGCAUUCUAAGUGAUAGAAGAGCAACACUUUCAAGCCAAAUCUCACUGAAUGCCAGUGAUUUCAUAUGAAAGAUGCAUGCCUCUUUGGCUCUUUGAACAUUUAGCAAGUAUCAGGAAUUUUCUAUUAGCAGUGGUGUUUUAAUUGGUUGAAUUCCACUUAGUUCUCCAGAGUGUUUUGUAUGUGUUUGGGGCUUGGUGAUUAUUUUGAAAGAUACAUUUUUUAAAGAAUUAGGAACAUUUUUUGCAAAAUGCUAAUCAGAAUAUAAUUUUACCAAUGUCAGUUAUAGAAGUUAUCCCAUUCUUUACCUGGUCCCCUUCCUUCAUCUAGAACCUUCCCCAAAGUAUUGUUGAGCUUUGGUAUAGAAUGACAGGAAUAGAAGUUAUCCCAUUCUUCUUUACCUGGUCCCCUUCCUUCAUCUAGAACCUUCCCCAAAGUAGUCUAAUCUUAACUUUUUAUUUAUGUUCUUUGAUAAUAAUAGCUCAUUCCACUCAAAAUUAUAGUUACCCACAAAAAAUAAAACAACAACAACAAAAAAAACUCCACAGAAUUGGGGUCAAAACAGUCUAAUUGCCUGGGGAAUAAGCUUCUACUAAGGAGUAAAUGUGCACACGUGCUUAUAAAUUGAAUGCAAGGUACAGGAAUAAAAUCCUCUCCUCUGUUACAUUUGGGUUGUGAGAGGGCCUCAAGUCCUUGGGUUGUGAGAGGGCCUCAAGUUAACAGAAACCACAAGUGCUUGAGGCUUACAUAUGUUAUAACCUAUUCUAGUUUAUAAAGACAAAGAGCUGAGGCCACUGUGAGGAGUGCCAGGUUUUGAUAUUCAUUGUCAAAGUUCACUUGGGCCAGGUGAUAGCUCCAGCUGGUCAGCAGAAGGCAGAGGCAUUCAGGCGCUCAUCAUGGGUAGCAGCGACCACCCAGUCUCAGCGCAUGCUUCUCUACAGUCUCAGCAGCAAAGUAAAGCUCAACAAUACUUUCAAGAAUGGUAUUCUGAGAGUUGUAGAAUUUGAGAAACCCAGUCUGGUAAGGACUGUUGGGGCCAGCCUCCAAGCCAUGGCAGGGCCUGCUUGAAUAUGCCUGAUGGAACAGCAUCCAUUCCUUCCCUGCUCCUUCCUCCUACCAUCUCUGUACCUUGACCAGAAAGUUGGCAUGAAUAGUCCAUGAGCAAAGGAUUGAAUAGCCUCUGAACAAAGGAUUCAAAGCAAACUUUGGAAGUGUUCUGUGAUGCCAUUCUAUACUUUGAGCAGCAACUGAAUUUGCAGCCUGGAUUUAAAGCCUGAAACUAGUAUAAAUGUCAAAUAAUUAAUUUGUUGCUAAACGGUGGCAAAUUUUGUGGCCCAAGUUUUUUUGCUAUUGGAACACAAACUCCAAGGAGCUGUUUUAGGGAAGACUAAACGAUCUUCCAUUCUCACCAUUAUUUGGCAAUUUGCAGAGCAUUUUUAAUAGGACUUUCUCCAGUAUAUGUAGUAUCUGUCAGAUCUAAGAUUUUUAUAGGCUGUCAGGAAGUCCAGAAUUACGGCCCAAGAGGAAAAGAGUUGCAUUUUUCAAUAAUACUUUUUAUAAAAUUAAGUUAACCAUUAUUAAAACAUGAGUGACAGGCCAGGCAUGGUGGCUCAUGCCUGUAAUCCUAGCACUUUGGGAGGCGGAGGUGGGCAGAUCACGAGGUCAGGAGUUCGAGACCAGCCUGACCAACAUGGUGAAACCCUAUCUUUACUGAAAAUACAAAAAUUAGCCGGGUGUAGUGGUGUGCACCUGUAAUACCAGCUACUCAGGAGGCUGAGGCAGGAGAAUCACUUGAACCAGGGAGGCAGAGGUUGCAAUGAGCCGAGAUUGCACCACUGCACUCCAGCCUGGGUGACAGAGCAAGACUCCGUCUCAAGAAAAACAAAAAAAUGACAGUUUAUAGGAAUAGAGCACCACCAAGAAAUCAGUAGCAAGACUUUAGAACAGUCUUUUUGUAUAAAUGAUAUACAGUAAAUGGUUUUUUAAAAGUGCAUCUACUUUUUUUGGCAGAACUAUUUUUGGCAUCUCAUCUUCAUGGCAUGAAAUUGUCAUUUAAAUUACCCUUUCCGUUUGAAAGGGGAGGGUAUCCUUAUUUCCCUUCUGAGGUACUCUGAGAAGGCUUUGAGUUUCCUUUUUCAUGUAUUAAUGUAUGACAGCCUAACAGCUCCUAGAAGAUGGUAUUCUUACUAGAAUGGCUACAUACAGAUGACUUCCAGGGACUGACUUCGCCUGUAGAUUGAAUGAAAAUAAAGAGAAAGCCAGUGAUUAUUGCUGAGUUUCAAAAUAUAACCAUUUCUAGUAGGCUACUUCUACGUGCUGUUGUACCUUCCUGGUGAGGAGGAGACAGAGGGAUAGGGGAGAGGAGGAGGAAUAAAAAUCCCUCUCACUGGGCCAGUCAUACUGAUUCAUUCCCUUUACUUCCUCCAAAACUCACUCCCCAUGACUCCUGAAAAAUGGGCAGAUCUUGUCCACCAGGAAAUUUUAAUAGAUACUAGGCACCGUGCUUUCUCAGCCAAUCUGGAUUCCUACUAGAACAGACAAGUAAGGAAACAUAACUGGGUAGGAAUGUCCACUUAUGUUUCACAAACUCACUUUUAGAGUUUCAUGCCACUUUCCUCAUUCUUCUCUUUAAGAUACUAUUAUAUUGAACGUGGGCCCCAUGUCUAAAUACUUGUAUAGAUAAAUAUUUCUGGUAUAUUCUUCCCAUACAAGUGAGACUUGAAUAGAGUUGUAGCUAGUCCCACUUAUAAUAAGAGCUUCCAAACUCUUUAUUAUAAACUUUGUCUGUGAGCUUGGGAAUAUAGAGAAAGCAAGUUGGUCAUUCUGAGACCCUUCCUCAUUUGCCCUGAAUCAGUUCCCCAAGAUUGGACUGUACUUUAAGCUAGUUGUUGUAGCAGUGGUGGUUGUUGUUUUAUAUCUUGAGAUACUUCUAGAACAUUCUAGAAACAGGGUAUUCUAAAGGCUUACUUUAUAUGCCAUCCUUUUUGAACCCUCUUAUUUUAGAAAUUAUUACACAUGCACACUUAUGAUUUCAACCUUGUAAAAUAAUUUCAAAUUCAUUCUGUAUCCACAUUUUACUGCAGUUUCCCUAUCAUCUCAAUAGUUAUAGAACUGGUUGAAAUUAAACUGUUUUGAACUAAGAAGUAGAUACAUAUAUCUAUAUAUAUAUAUAUUUUUAAAGAGUGUUCAUAGAUAAACUCUGGCAUAAAGUUUGUAAAAAGCAAUUUUUUAAAAGCAAAACGUAUAACCUCAGGUACAAAAAUAUUGCAUGCGUUAGUAUUGCAAAUUUGCCUACUCAAAUAUUAACCAAAGCAUGCAAGAUAACUUGACUGAAUGUAAAUUUACACAGUGCAUGAUUAAAUCUCAUAGGUUAGCCUGUUGUUCCUUGCCUCUAUACAAGGGAGCAUUUUUAUGAACUUUGUGUUACAGUUUUUCUAUUUGCUUUUCUUAUCCUAUCCUUGAGAUUGUUUUCAUGCUAUCACACUGAACUUUACAGAUAUUCACACAUCUGGUUUGUACAGUGUUACCAGUGCCAAACUAAUCCUCUGAAGAAUCUGAGUACUUAGACAUCUAAACACUUUUUCAAAAACCAGUUGAGGCACAACAGAUCCAAAACUUAAACAAAUCCAAGUGUCUGAAUGCUACUAAACCAAAUCAUGUUGACUGCCUCAGCACAUAAAGGUUUCGACUCUAAAUUCUUAAUAUACACUUCAAAAUUUUUCUAAAAGUUUGGGAAUAAAUUAGAAAAACUGAUAUUCUAAAUAAGGUGAGGAGGUUGGGGUAAUGUCAGGCAUAUCAAAAUCAUCACACAGCCAAGUAGAUAUGGGGCCUUAAUUUUCAUAAAUGUCACAUAGUGAGUGUUUGGGGUAUCACAACGUCGUUCUGAUACAGCCCUAUUUGUAUGGUAGUUGAGCUGCUUGGGCUAAAUGUCCCUUGAGAGACUGGGCUUGAUCAACAGGUCUAACAACACUGAUAUUUAGGGAGUGAUGAGGUGAUUUCAUGGUCACUCAGAACGAACUCUGAAAUCUUCUCACUGCCUUUUCCCAUAACCCCUAUUUUAUGAGGAGACCAGAAAGGGAGACAGCAAAGCUCAGUGAGACCAUAUGGUCUUACAUUAGUAACAGCUUUGUUACUCACUCCAUAUACCCCUGUACCCUCACACACAUACCAUGAGCCCAAAGACAGGAUUCUACACAUAACACACACAGCAAAGACCAUUGUGGGGAGGCAUUAAACAGUUAAGAGGAAAAAAAAACACAGAAAAUUAAACUGCGAAGUUUAACAACCUCUCAUGUGGUAUUUUGCCUUGAAUGAACUUUCCACUACCUGCAGCUUCUGCAGAAAUACCAAAAUAACACAGUCUAGAGACAAGUGUCCCAAUCUCAGAACUGUUUUCUCAGGACCUUCUCUAUAAGAGAAAACUAACUUGCAAUGCUGCAGAAUGUCAGAGCAAAACCCUGAUGAGCUCCGUGGGAUACUUAAUAGAAGCCUGCACUCAAAAUAAUAUUAAGAUGGAAACAACUACAACAAUUAGGCAGUUCUUUGCUCAACUAUAAAAUGUGUAUCAUUCAUUGGGGGAGGGGGAGGGGGAGGGGUGGUGUUCUUUGGAUUUCUUGGAAAAGGAAAUGGUAUAACACAAAAAGACUAAGAGGUAUAUACACUCAGCUUGGUAAUUCGAGCAUUUGGCAUUUUCACUGAGAUAUGUAGCAUUUCUGCAUGGAUACCAUACAAGAAUUCUGCCAUGUGAGAAAUGUGUUCAUGAUGGACUACAUCACCAGUAGUUAAGGGAAAUACAGCAAACUUAAGUUUUUACCAACUUCCUUUCAUUUUUCCUAUAUAUCAUCUAACCCAAACUUUCUUCAAUUUACAUUGCCCAAAUUUGUUUACAUUGGUUGAAAAAAAACUGAUUAAUUUAUUAAACUUUUUACAAACUGUAACAAACAUUUAGCUAUUUAGAAAAGACAUUUCUACAUGUUUUAUAUAUCUAUGAAUAUUGCAUAUCUAAUCUAAUCUAAAAAUGUUGUUUUGAGACAAUUCUUCUGUGAUGCUUCCUCAUCAUGCUCAUAAAUGUUUAAAGUCUUGGGAUUUCAUUUUCAGGCUGAAAUAGGUAACAAGAAACAAAUUUAAGUUUAAAUGUUUACAUUGAGUUACUAAAUUAAUACCAAUUCAAAUUAAGUGACCUAUAGUAAAUUAAUGGCAAUGGGGGGGAGGGGAUUUUAAAGUGAUUGGCAUAUUAUGUGAUACCGUAUCAGUGAUUUAGUGAAAUAAUAUGUAUCAUAGCACAACUCUGUUGGGUAUUAAGGCUUCAUCUUAGUAUUUCCCUGCAUUGCUCUUUGAAAUAAAAUUACUACCAUAAAAAUAACCUCUUAUCAUAUUGAUGUGUUUAAUUUACUCAGUUGGCUUCUAAUUUGCGUACCAAGAUUAAGGUAGUAUUUUUGUACUAUUAUUGGAAGCAUGCCUUCCCUUUUUCACAUUAUUAAAUUGUAUUUAUAUUUGUGCAAUUUUAAACUAUGUUUUCAAAUAAACUUGUCUGCGGCUUCAA